AUGGACGUGCCUACCUACCCACUUAAGGGUUUCAACAAUGUGAAUCGAUAUAAACAUCAGGCAACAUACGAUGUCGACACAGUUCACACAAUCGUCAAUAGUACUCCAGUUCUUCACGUAUCCUUUGUCCCAGACCCUUCUACGCUUGCACCGGUUGUCCUUCCCAUGAUCGGUCAAUUAGGACUCUAUCCGGGGGACGAAUCGAACGGCGAGACUGAGUAUAGUUGCUAUCUUCACGGCUACGUCUCCUCACGGGUUAUGAAUCUUGCGUCGUCGGGCGGUGAAGGAUUGCCGUUGUGUGUUGCAGCGACGAAAGUCGACGGCUUUGUUCUCACUCUGACGCCCAAUUCUCACAACUAUAAUUAUCGAUCAGCUGUUCUACAUGGUUUUGGUACGAUCGUCGAUGACGUGGAUGAGAAGCUGUGGGCGAUGCGACUCAUCACUGACUCUGUGGUUCCCGACCGCUAUGACAAUACGCGCGUGCCACCAGAUGGAGCGGAAAUGCAGAGCACUCGGAUUUUGAAGAUGAAAGUUACAGGGGCGAGUGCUAAGGUUCGUGAGGGUGUGCCGCAAGAUGAAAGGAAAGAUAUGAAGAGAGAAGACAUUCUGGAUAGUGUAUGGACUGGAGUCGUUCCCGUGUACGAGAGACUGGGAGAGCCUGUACCAGGGCCAUAUAAUAGGUUGAAGGAAGUCCCAGAGCAUGUCAAAAGAUUUGUGAAGGAGGAAAAUGCAAAGAGAGAUGCGUAUGCGUUUGAAGCGGCGAAGAAACCAGCACCUGAGAAGAGGCCGAAGAAAGCUGGAGUUUGA